GGCGGGUGGCAGCCGACCAAUGAGAGAAUUACUGUGUGUCAACGCCGACCACUCAGCGACGAGACCGGCGAAUUCUCGUUGUUCGUAGUGUUCGGACGAUGGGAAAUGACGACUUCUCGCAUGCGAUUGAAGGAGAAAAGUCGACGAGGAAAACCAGCGAGUUCGUGGUUGAAAACGACAGAGGGUUGACCUUCGCAGGCGGCCGAUCGAGAUGGGUCUGGUCCAUGGACUGCCGGUGUGGAAUGCGGACAUCGAAUGUCGUCGGAGCAGCCGACCGCAAAAAUCUUGGGCCGUGGUGGUGCUGCCGUGCCUCCUUUGCCGGCCGCUGCCGCUGCUCCUCCUUGCCCGAUCCCGGCGACCUAGUAGGCGAGCCGAUUCUGCAGAGUCUUGGUCUGGUCAAUCAACAAGAGGAACACCACACAACCGAUUCAUCCACACUCCCCAUCCCCGCCGGGCCGGCGCCCAAACCCAACAUGGCUGCUCCAUCCACAUUUUCCAGAAUCCAACAUUGCGGCACUAGCCCUCGGGUUGGGACCCAAACAGCAAUUGUCCGCCCUGGACGGGGUACCUUUGACUGCACCUCAUGUUCGCAGCGUCCCCAUGUCACUGCCGCGGCUCUCCACCGAGUAAGCUUGUCAGCUGUCACACACUUCACCGAGGUCAACGACACCUCGUGAAGUUACACAUCGUUGCCCGUCAACUGGAGUCGCGAAUGACAAGAGAGGGAAAGGUGCUUAGCAGUCAAGGGCACCGCGAUAGCUGAGGAGCUCCUCGAGAGAUUAACGCCAGUCUUUAAGGAGACCUUGGAACCGACACGGCUCCUGAGAGAAUUCAAUUAUUCUGCACUUGUGCUUCAACCAAUCAGCGCCCAGCGAUAAGCCAACAAUGCA